UGAGUGGUAAAUAAAGUACCUUUCUAGGAAGGGCGGCUAACUGGAAGGCCGCUACGCUAUGUGCACCAUGGUACAAUGAAGUUAUUGUACCAUGAUGUGCACUGUCCCAGCCGCUGAGAUUUCUUUACAUCUGUUAUGUUGAAAGUCGCGGAAAAUUGGUGGUGCGACUUUCUUAGUUCGCCUUUUUCAAACCUUUUGUGACUUUCGAUUAUGCAUCCACCCACCUUGAUGUAAACUGCAUGUGACGCUAUAAUUCUCUCUCUCUCUCUCUCUCUCUCUCUCUCUCUCUCUCUCUCUCUCUCUCUCUCUCUCUCCAUGGGACCCACGUUCGCCAUGAGUGUCGGGACAACAAACCUACUGGAGGCGAAAUACUCAAACGUGCGGGAAGAAGACACGGGACGCGCUUGAAUACCUGAUGUGGGCGUGGUGUGCGGGCGUGGUGGGUAGGGUGGCGAGGCUCAGCAGGGGCGGCAGGAUAUUCAGCAGGGCAUGGGGAGGGGAGUAUAGGAGGUGGGGAAGGGAUGGUUUGUGGCGAGCAGCGGGCGGCUCCAUGCUGCUGUUGUGUGCCCAGGCCGCCCGCCACACCCCCGCCCGCUGCCUGCGUGAGGGCGGCCUCUUUCUGGACCCCGAGGACGACCAGUUGACGGAGGCACGCCCCCUGGAGAUGAAUGAGGUGUCUGCACUCACCCACACGUCACUCCUGAAGCAGGCCAGCGGGGCGGCGGUGGACUCGGCUAUGCAGCUGCUCCACAGGACAGUGCGUGCCACCCUUGACCAUGCCCAGCAGCACAGAAAACAGCUGCAAGAGGUGAUAGAUUUACUGGAGUACUGCACUGUCAUGCUGCGCCACCCUGAGGAGCAUGACCGACUGUGGGAGCUGCUGGUGGCAGCGCGUGUGCAGGCUGACUCCCUCAAACAGCAGCUUAGGGACCUCAACCUGCUGCUGAUGUACGCCUGCGCCACGGUAGAGAACACAGCCAUGGCAGCGUUCAUCAGUGGCAGCGAGUUCUCAGCCUCGGCAGCACGGCAGAUGACGGACAGUGCUAAGCUGGAGCUCAAGAUGGAUGAGAGGAAAACUGAUGUCCUAGAGGCGCAAUACACCCACGCACACACCCGCUACAUCGAGGCAGCUCAGCGGGUGGUGGAUGAAGCGAAGAGUGGUGAUGAGGGUGUGGAGGAGGAUGAUGGCCUGAAGACUGAGAAUGCUGAGAGUGAGAGGAAAGAUGAUAGUGAGGGAGUUGUGAGUGAUAGUGAGAGUCAAGAGAGUAAAGAGAAAGAACAGAUUAAGUUUGACGAUAGAUGAUUUUUUGUCUCGUUUUUGUAGUGAUUUGUGUUUGUGGUUUAUCGCUCAAUACAGUGUUGCAGUAAAGUUGUUGUUGACUUUUCUUAUAAACCUUGAGGAAACUGAAAAUUAGUGUGAAAUUGGUAAUGUAACUUCGCUAAUAAUUGUUGGUUAGUUCUUUCUAUAAUGCACGCCUCACAUAACAAUUUCUUUUGUGUUUGCUCGAGUCAAGAUGUAAAUAUGUGAAUAGCUAAAGUACACUUGUAAAUGAUGGAGGAAUAAAGAUAAAAAUGUAUGUAGAAGAAGCAGA